GACAUACCAGGACGUUCAGGUCCGGCACUGUAAAGCUCCUCCUGAAGGCCUUAAGCAGGCGGUGACUAAGUCAGACGGGGAUGCUAAAACUUUCCAUGGUGUGCUUCAUGGUAUUACUGAUGUGUACCGCCGCGCUGAUAGGUACAAUGACCUGGCUGAGAACUGGAUGCAAGGGAAAGGCAGCUCUAAAGGCCUUCACGAUAAGCUAUCCCAUAUUCGCCAAUCUAAGAUGUGGAUCCAAACUGCCUUAUCUUGUACAUGCGACAUAUUGACGACCACUCAAUUGAUAAGUCCUCCAGCCUAAUCUCUA